UGUUAAUUCACCAUUAGUGACGACAUUUAACGAGCCUCACAUUGAGCAUUCAACAAGAUGGGUCGCCGACCCAAUCAGGUCAUUGUUCAAUUCUUUGAACGCGGUCCUAAAUUGAAUGACAAUAGCAAUCGUUAUCACCACAGGUGCAAGGCUUGCGGCGAGGAUUUUCCUAAAGGUCGCAGCGAUAGUCUGACCGCCCACCUACUUAAGAAAUGUCCUGCCAUUUCUCAAGCAGAUCGAGUCAACGUUUGCCUUACAUUGAACGGACUUAACAACGCGAACCCUACAAGUACAGCGAAUCGCACGAAUGCCACGAAUGCCACGAAUCGCACGAAUCGCUCUCAAUUCGACACCGGCAAUAUUCUACACAAUGAUUCUAAUCACAUCCCUAAUCACAACCCCAUCAUUCCUUCUAUUCCGAUCGCGCCAGCCUCACCUAUCGUUGCUAUCGCGCCUACUGCAUCUGCUCCUGUGCUGGAACAAUCGCAAAAUCAAAUAUGGACACCACUAGAGACAUUAGCUGAAGUCUCUCGUCAAAUCGAGGCCAAUGAGAAGCAUGAUGAUCAUUCCGAGACAACACACGACGCCACCAACACUGUGCCAACCACCCUACCUACCAGUGUCCCUGGUGCUGUUCCUAUCGCAGCAACCGACUCGAAUUCUUUCGAGUUUCACGAGCAAUUCACAUUGGAUAAUCCGCCUACGGGUCUCGACAAUAAUACUCAGAUUGAUAACAGAGAUGUUGGUAUAUCUGGGAAGAUGAUUGGUCCUGCCGAAAGGCGUCUUCGUGAAGUCUUUCUCCAUGAAUACCGUGAUUAUCAUGAGAGACACAAUGGUUCCCAGUCAGCGUUAUCAGUUGCAGCAGCGGCAACCGCUCACUUAAAUAAUACGCCAAUUAUCCAUCACCAGGCAGACCACCAGAUGGAUGCCCAUAUUCUGGCUGAAAGAGCGGCGCAGGAACAGGAACACCAUGAACAGUCAGAUAUGUUGAUAAAUUAUCCACCUUCCCCGGAGAGGCAACACGCCUCGCAAAGCUAUGCAGCCAGCUCGACCACUCCUUGGGAUGGAAUGACGUACAUAUCAGACGACAUCCAUGCUCCGGCCACCGUCAACGACCAUGGUCAUGCCAUGGCUGCAACAUUGAGUAAGGGUGGCCGUCGAAUGAACACCUCCAAUAACCACGGCAAGCAUCAUCAUAGCCGAGCGCGCUUUGAUGACAUGCGACGAAAACAAGUCCAAGAAGUGCGCAGAAUCGGUGCUUGUGCGCGCUGUAAAAUUCUACGAAAGACUUGUUCCCCAGGCACACCAUGCGAUGCGUGUAAGAAGGUCUCUACGCCGAGGGUGUGGAGAACUGAAUGUAUCCGCGCACAAUUGUGUGAGGAUAUUGAUUUAUAUUCCGCUGGAGUACAAGCUGUGAUGUCGCAGAAGCGCAUCAAUGGGUAUAAAAGUACCCAUGACCUUGAGAAUUCUGGGUUGGUAGUGGAAGUAUCACACUUUCCUACUACCGGUCACAAGGCGACCUUUCAAGUGCUGAAAGGAGUGCUCAAAGGUGAUGUGAUUGCACCCGAUCCCGCCGUUCGAAUCCUUCUGUUAGACAACAAUGCCGAGGACAUUCCUGGAAAGGUGGAAGCCUAUAUGCGCGAUGCUCUCCCCCAGCUCAUUCGACAGGAGCCGUCCCACCACAUUCGCGUUACACUAGACACGGCUGUUGCCGUCGCUGCACAGACCGGUGACGAGCUCUUGAAGAAAGCCUUAGAGCUCUGGGGGAUUGUCCAGCUUAUGGAUCUCGAAAGGCAGUGGACAAUGCGCGCCAAGUCGCCCAAUGAUGAUAUUGAUGAAUACUGGAUAGAUGAUGCUUUCGACAGUGAGGCAUAUACGAACAUCUGUCUACAGCUUACUGCCGCCGCGGAACGCAAAGCAUCUAUUGCUAGUAAGAAUUUGCUUAGCGAAAUGCGACGUCGCCUACAAGAUGGGAAGAUUAAGCACGGGUUCCCCAUGUUCCUAGUUGUUAUUCUUUUCUUGAACUGCAUCGAGAAGACAACUUGGGCAUUCAAAGUCUGGGAGGAGGAGAACCUUCGGCCGAAAUGGCCAUUGGAGAGACCUCCUAGCAACUUCACGCGACAAGGAGACACGCUCGCCGAUCUGCUGAGAGUGUUACUUAAGGUGCGGAACUUCCUACCCAAGUUGGUCGCCGAGGGUCCGGAUUCUCCCAUCACGGCCCUUAAGGAUAGCCGUGUGAUUGAAUACUUCCAGCAUCUAGGAAUCACCCAAUCUUAUCUCCAGUCCCGCCAGGACCCCCAAAACUUCCAACCAGAAGAUUCUCGUUCAUUAGAGUUCUUAUAUGGUUCCAAGAUUCUACUUCCGGAAGAGCAAUAAACGCUCUCUCAACCUCUCUAAAUCUCUAGAUACAUGAAGACACAUUGUCUCACGACUCACGAUGUAACGCUACGCUAUACUACCAACGAAUUCGCAUUCUCCCUUAUACCAAUCGGCGUUACUUGGGAGACAAAAGUUGCAGUUCUGACCAAGAUACCCACUUUCUGAUUUCCACCAACCAACCACCGUCGAGAUUUUUCCUCUUCUUUCAACGCGGCGACGCGUCAAAUUUGAUCUCUCUCGACUACGACUACGGCUACGAAGACGACUACUGCAAUUGCAUAUAAUGUACCACUAUACGAGUACAUGACUGGGUGGUGUUGGAGGCUUGCUUAGCUUCGGUUUGGACUUUUGUAGUACCCUCCCUUGGUCAUAAAUUGGCCUUUUGGGGUGCGGGAACCCGGUCCUGGCUAUAGACUCAUUAAUUGAUGAUUGCCCUCCUAUUCCCACCC